UCCUAGAAAAUGCAGAGAAAAAUAUUUGUAUAAAAGAAAAUUUUGACGAUCCCUAGAAAAUCCCAGCAAAACUAGCAGCUUCCUUUAUCAAGUUCCAAUCGCCCUCAAAGAAAAGUCUUAUUAAUUUUUUACUUUGUUUUUUGUCAAAAAGCUGAGCUACUGAUAUCGUUCUAGGCUUUGGUUUUACUGUUUGAUCUGACAGAGAACAAGGGAAUCAGAUUUCAAAUAUCCGUAGAAAAUUGAGAUUGUGAAAGUGUAUCUGAAAAUGGAGAAAAUGAUGAACGAUGGGGUUUCUGAUUGUAAUAAUACUCGGUUAUUGCGCGAAAUCGAGGAAAUAAGUAAAGCACUUUACUUGCAGAAACCUUCAUCGAAUGCUUUGAUCAUCACAUCCAAUGUUAGAUCUCAGUCUGCUGGAAAAACCCAUCUUUCAGAAUCAAAAUCAAAGCAGAAUUCAUCUUCAUCGUCCUCGUUGUGGAAUUGGAAGAAUCCCUUUAAGACAUUAGCUCAUAUUAGGCGACAUCGGUUCGAUAUUUGUUUCUUUCUCCAUGUGCACUCUAUUGAAGGCUUGCCUGCCUAUUUCAACGACUCGAGCUUGUGUGUGCAUUGGAAGGGGAAGGAUGAAGUAUUGUCCACUCGUGCAGUGAGUGUUGUCGAUGGAAUUGCUGAAUUCGAAGAGACGUUAAUGGUUCGAUGCUGUGUGCUUGGCAGUAGAAGUGGUCCUCGUAAUUCAGCAAAGUACGAGGUUGAGCUUUUCGUAAUCUAUGCAUCGGUCGCUGGCGCUUCAGGGCACAAUAUGGGAGAGGAUUGGAUUGAUCUCACGAGACUGUUACCGCUUACUUUUGAGGAUUUAGUUGGGGAGAAACGUGCAGGUAAAUGGACUACUAGCUUUGAACUUUCUGGCAAGGCUAGAGGUGCUACUCUAAAUGUCAGUUUCAGUUUCUUGGUAACCGCGGAUGAUUUAGUUGAAUCGAGCGGAAAAAGGAAUGGGAUGCUUCAAAAUUUGGGGACUCUCCCAAUUAAUGUGAACCGUGUGUCUUACAUGUCGCCUCUAUCUGUUGAUAUAAAGUUCGGUUCUGAAUUGUUGCCGAAUUUAGGACUGGAACUUUCCAAAUCAAUAAGUUUUUUGUAUCAGAAACUUAAUGAAGGGAACUUACACAGGGUUUCAGGCUUGGAUAAAUUGUCCGAGCAUGUGGAGCCACCGAUAUCCGAUUCCGAGUUUGAUGAAUUUAUAGAUGAGUAUGAAAACAUCGAGUUUUCUGUAAUUGAAAAGGGUGUAGAAAUGUGUCAGAAUGAUCAGUCUAAGCUUGAACAAACUGCUAAUCAGAUCCAGAGUAUUGAUGGUCCGGCCAUUGAAACUAUCAAUGUGGAGGAGAUCCUAAGAGAUUGUGACACUGACAUUGAUGAGGAGGCAGAACAUGUUUUAAAUGUCUACUGCACUGAAGUUUGCACGAAGGAGGUUGGUGUCGAUGGAUGCAUGCAAGAAAAGAGUGUAUGUUCUAAACCAAUGAGUUUGAUGGAGCUGGAGUCAGAUUUUCAUGACCUGUUGAUUAGAGAAUCAUCAGUAUCGGAAUCUUCAUCUGCUUUUGACGAGUUUAUCGAUAAUGAAAAGUUUAUGGAUAAGGCUAGCAAAUCGACAAAGAAAUCACGAAGUUUGGAUGAAAUUGCUGACACUGUGGCUAGUGAUUUCUUAAAGAUGCUGGAAAUUGAACAUGGUCCAUUUAGCUUGAAUUCUGACGAUACUCUUGAAUCUCCUAGGGAGCGUCUGUUGAGAGAAUUUGAGACCGAAGCCCUAGCUUCUGGUGAUUUCAUCUUAGAUUUUGGUGCUGGGGGAGAAGAUGAAGAAGAUGGAACUCCUGGACCUUUUCAUGGGGUUAGUUAUGAUGAUUUUGCUUUCUCUUCAGUUAGUCCACCCAGGAAGGAGGAGAAGGAAAGUCCGUCGCUGGCAAACAGAAGAUCGGUCAAAAUGCUCGAGUACUUGGAGACUGAAGCUUUGAUGCGUGAGUGGGGCUUAGAUGAGAAUGCAUUUCAAAGGUCUCCAUGUGUUCAAAGCGAUGGAUUUGGAAGCCCGAUAGAACUUUCACCAGAACGACUCGAAUUACCUCCAUUAGGAGAAGGCUUGGGACAUUUCAUUCUGACAAAGGAUGGAGGUGUCCUGCGGUCUAUGAAUCCUUCUCAUUUCAUAAACUGUAAAAAUGUUGGGUACCUGGUCAUGCAAGUAUCUAGAGCUGCUGUAUUUCCCGCAAGAUUGGGCAUCGAUGUUAUGGAGAUAUUACGAAACUUGGCUUCACUCGGAAUUGAGAAUCUAUCCAUGAAGGUAAACAAUUUAAUGCCUUUGGAUGAUAUUACUGGGAAAACAUUGCAAAAAGUUGCACUGGAAGCUGCACCUACAACUGUAGUUCUAGAGCGGUGGGGCAAGUUGAAACAAGAAUUAUUAUGUGAACAGGAUUCACUCGAUCAGGGAAACGAAGUCGAAGGGUUUCAAUUUUGCUGGACUCAUCGUGACAGAACGUGCUCAGGCCUUAUAGGUUGUGUAUCUAUGGAAAACCUUGUUCCAUCAGUCAUGAAUAGGAUUGAAGCCCUCGCAUUAGAGGGUUUGAGAAUUCAAUGUGGCAUGUCUGACGAGGAUGCACCCUCAAGUGUCGGUCCUUCGUCCCCCAGCGACGUGCUGUUUACUGUUGGUAAGGAUUCAAAAUCGAGUAAUUUGCUCAGUUUCAAGGGAGCUGCUAGUUCACAGUCACUUGAUUUCAGAGAUGUUGUCAAUAGAUUAAUGAGCCUUGUUAUAACAUUGGAUGAGUGGUUACGGCUGGACGGUGGAGUUAUAGAUGACGGAGACCAUAUUAGUGACCAUACGAUCCAGAUCCUUGAGGCUUAUCAAGCCAAGUGCCUUGAUUCAGUUAGUGGAAAUUCGAUAAAACAUGUCGACUUGGGUAAAGAAUCUGGGAGAAAGCACGGGUUGUUGGGGAAUAACUUGACACUAGCCGUCAAGGUGUUGCUUAGAGAUCCCUUUCGAAACUAUGAACCGGUUGGCACUUCAAUGAUGGCUUUAAUUCAAGUACAGCGAGCUCAUGUCGCUCUAGAGCCACAAAGAGAUCGAGAAGAGAACCCUGAAUCCGAAGCUGCAGGGAAAAAAGAAGGUACUCCAUUUUUCGAUAUCACCGAAGUUCAUCUUGCAGGGUUAAAUACUGAGCCUGAUAAGCAGCAUCUUUGGGGUAGCAAAGCACAGCAACAGUCCGGGACACGCUGGAUGCUUGCUAGUGGCACAGCUAACUCCAAAAAGAAAACAUUUUCAAAGUCAAAGGCAAUUGUAAAAUUCUACCCAUCUGUGAUGAGAAAAUCGCAUGCCGGGAGCGUGCUGUGGAGUCUAACCUCGAACGUCGAUGGAAUAAGUGCAUGUUCGAAAGGAUUGGCAGAUUCGGGUCAACAUUAUCGAAACCCUAAUGUCAUCUUCCUAAAUUAAGUUGUCGAAUUUGGGUGUAGAUUGCGGAUUUUGACCGUUUACUAUGUAUGCAUGUAUCAGCCUACUUUUCUGCAGCUAAAGUUGUCAAAGAUUGUAUAGUCCAAUAAGAAUCAAUAUA